CGGCCGCCGCAGUCGCUGCGGGGCCAUCUUCGGCAGGCCGGCCGGUUCGGCCUGUGCCGCCGGCAUCCGCGCCCCUCGCCCGGCCCGAUGGCGCCGCGGCCUCUGAGCCCCCUGGUGCUGGCGCUGGGCGGCGCGGCAGCCGUGCUCGGCUCGGUGCUCUUCAUCCUCUGGAAGACCUACUUCGGCCGCGGACGGGAGCGGCGCUGGGACCGAGGCGAGGCCUGGUGGGGCGCGGAGCCCGCCCGCCUGCCGGAGUGGGACGAGUGGGACCCCGAGGACGAGGAGGAUGAGGAGCCGGCGCUGGAGGAGUUGGAGCAGCGCGAGGUGCUGGUGCUGGGGCUGGAUGGCUCCGGGAAGAGCACGUUCCUGCGAGUGCUGGCCGGGAAGCCACCGCUGGAGGGCCACAUCCCUACCUGGGGCUUCAACUCUGUGCGGUUGCCCACCAAGGACUUCGAGGUGGACCUGUUGGAGAUCGGCGGCAGCCAGAAUCUGCGCUUCUACUGGAAGGAGUUUGUGAAUGAAGUGGAUGUGCUGGUGUUCAUGGUGGACUCAGCUGACCGGCUGCGAUUGCCCUGGGCCCGCCAGGAGCUGCACAAGUUGCUGGAUAAGGACCCUGACUUACCCGUCGUCGUGGUGGCCAACAAGCAGGACCUGAGCGAGGCCAUGAGCAUGGUGGAGCUGCAGCAGGAGCUGGGCCUGCAGGCUGUCGAUAGCCAACGGGAAGUUUUCCUCUUGGCGGCCAGCAUCGCCCCUGCAGGACCUGGCUUCGAGAACCCUGGCACCGUGCACAUCUGGAGACUGCUCCUGGAGCUUCUCUCCUAGGGCAGCGCCCGCCUGGUCGCCGGUCAGCCCUGGGGACCCCAGUUCUGCUCCUCCUGCUUCUGCAUCCCCAGCGGGGCCUGGGGCAGGGGCCACGUGGCGGCACCUCCCUUCUCCCCUCCUUGCCCUCUCAAGAGCAGGACCUGGGCAGGGCCGGGAACCACACAGAAGCCUUCCUGGUGAGGCGGAAGCAGGGAGGCAGAGGGUGGGAGAGGACAGUGUCUUGCUCAUUCUCGGCCGGGUGUGGAUCCCGCUUUCACCAGGGAAGGCAGCCUCCUCCUCUGGCCUGUUCAGUGAGCUGCUCAGUGGGCUGUUUUCUGCCCGCCAUGCGGGUCCCGGUGGUUGAGGACCAGCAUAGGUGUGCCAAGGACGCCCAGUCUAGAUUGUUCCCUCCUGGUGGCUUCACACCCCUCUCGUGCAGGCAGAUUCUGGGCAGCAUGCCCUGAGCUCUCGCCCCCAGUCCUGCACUGUCCUCCAGCCCCAGCUGGCUCGUGUGGCCUUGUGCAAUCUCUGCCUCUGGCCCCAGGGCCACCCUUUUUAAAGGGAGGUGAUUUGUAUGGGUUUUUCUAACUUGGAGAAGCACUUCCCAGCCACGAACAUAGGAAGCAUGAGAACGAUCCUCGCGGUCCCAGCAAGGAGCUUUCCGAAGCCUCCCUGCCUCCCUGAGGUUGAGGCCUGGACUGCCAGCCUCUCUUGACUGUGGAGUAAGUGGUGUUCACCCCCUCGUCGGAAAAACUGAAAGCCCCACCCCCCGCACCUAAUCUGGAGACAGAGGCUGCUGCUAUUACACUGACUGUGCCAGUGCCCAUGUUUACAUACGUCUGGGGAAGGAAGGAGCCGCGUGUGUCCCUGGGAAGACGACUGUCAGCGGUGGCCUCCGAACUGCGUUUUAAUUAUUUAUUUAUUUAUGAAAGGAACAGGCCAGAGUUUUAGGCUCUGUUUCUAGGUGCUGUUAUCAAAACCCCAGAUGACUGUCAUGGAGAACCGGGAGCUUCAAGGAAGACCGCUGGAACCAUGAAUGACAGUGUGGUAAGCCACGUGCGUCAGUGGAGACAGAGCUCCAGCUGCCCCCACCCUCUGUGGCUGUAACUGACAGCAUAAUACGUCACGAUGAUCCACGUGAACUUAAACUCCACCAGAACAUCCAAGGGAUACAGACCCUUCCUGCGUAGGUAACAAGUGACUCAGAGAGGCAGUUUUAUCGUGGACAUCCACAUAAAAAGUAAUGAGAAUUAGCAGACCAACCUGCUAGGUAGCCUGUGGUCCAUCUGCCUUUCUGGACCUGCUGACUCCCUGGCUAAGGCGAAGCUGGACAGGAUUUCUAGUGUCCUCUCCAGUACACAUUCCGUAAUUCUCGUGUUCUCAGUGAUCAGCCAGCAUAAGGACUGUCUCUGUACUGACACUUCUCUUUGGUGCAGGCAGAAGAAGGAGCCUUUUGUCUGUCAGGGGCCACUGAAUAGUCAACAGCCACAAAUGGACCUUUUUUUAGGGGAGAAACCCAACUCGGUUUGCUUUUUAAUUGAGAAUAGAGAUUAUGUGCCUUUGUUUCAUUUGACAUUUACUCAGAGUGCUUCAGUUCCACGCCGUGGCCGUGCCAGAGGGGCGGGGCAGGGAGGCGGGGCGGGAGGCUGCCGGAGUCCAGAAGUGAGCACGAUCGUUGGAAGCUCUUGGGCUGUGGGUGUCUCAGAAUAGAAUCCGUUUGUUUGAAAUUCUGAUUAAGUUUCUGCAUUAAGAAGUGAUUUCAUAUUUCAGGAAUGCCAUGGGUUUUAGAGUAGCCUUUGAAACUUCGCUGACGUUUCAUUUUGUCCUUGGAAGGUUGAGAAACCUUAUUUCUCUGUUCUAUGAACUCCGCCUUGUCCUCUAGCAUUUGAAAGUGGUGUCUGGAGCCAGCAUUGUCGGGGGGACUCCUUUUUCUACUAAGAUCUGCCUUUGGUCUAAUGAGUACCAUUAUGCAGUACAGAGUUUAAAGUCCCCACUGUGGGAACGUGAACUUGAGUAUAGAGUUUAACUAUAUCUACUUGAGCGGCUUUUUGAGACCACUACCAGAACCAGCAGGUCCCAGUGGCACACCAGAAGACACACAGCGCUGAGGGGCACUGAAGGUACGGGGUGCCACCUCUCUGGUACUUGGACAGAGCACAGACGCUCUGCUGGCCUGGGGGUGUGCCUCACCAUGUUUGUGGCUGACGGCGGCGCCCCUCUGGUGGAGCUGCUGGCCCAUCCUCCAGGCCAGGUGCCAACCAGUACUCAUCUGCUCCAGCUUCCACCAGGACCAGAUGCAGCCAAGUGGGGGAAGGGCCUUUCUUAAGAACACCUCGCUGCCUGGCCUUGUCAUGCUCUUCCCUCCUUGUUCCUGAACGUGACUUUGGUUCAGGAGCCCAGAUAAAUGCUUUUGGGAACCAGCCGUUACGUGCAGCUGUUCAUCUCAAAGUGGAAUUCCUGUGUUCCCCCCACUGCCCUGCCUCUACAGCUACCCACCAGCCUAAGCCUGGGAAUAGGGAGUAAGCAGUAGGCAGCUCUCAUGUUCGAAUGAAGACUCUUCGAGAGUGGGUGGGCGCUGACCACCCAGUGCCCGCCUCACACGAGAAGGAAGCUUUUGCUUCUUGCCAGUUGAACCCAUGCCUGGAUCACUCACCCUGGCACUGGGAUCUUCUGUUUUUAAGACUUAUUUCAAUGAAACCAUGGCUUCUGAGCUUCUCUUCUCUGACCUGUUGCCAUCCCUUUGAGCAGAGGCCAGCUUGGCCCAGAGCUUGGACAUACGGAUGGUCUGGGCAAGAGGGCGCCUGAGGCUGCUGGGACCACCACCAUGGACUGGCUGCCUGUCCCAAGAAGCCUCCUGUGGCACCUGCUGGUGCCCAGACCUGCCCGUUGGAAGCUUGCGCUGACGCAGGGGCAUCCAUUUAUAAGCACUGGGGAGGAGAUGAAGUUGGUCCAUCACGGCCUCCCGACCCUCCGCAGAGAAAUGCUGAUGAAAAAUCUCACAACUAGCCUGUCUGCCAGAGUGAAAACCCAGAUUCUCCAACAAAUGUUUCCACUUGCCUUUGGAGGACAUUCUGUUCUUUCACUAGUUCAGUAGCUACCGCCAGCAGUUCAUCCAGCUGCUAAAACCUGUGCUGUCAGUCCUCGCGCAGCUGCCCCAGACCUUAGACUGGGGCGGUCCGGGCCGUCUGCUCACACGUCCUCAGAGUCCUCUCUAGUAGCUGUGAAAGGGGAACCUCCAGCUUCCCCUGCUGCCUCCAGGAGAUCCGCCCGUUAAGGGACGAGAGGAAGAGUCCCAUCAAAGAUCUGGAAGAAGCAGCCUGGCUGCCCCAGCCCAGGCCUUGUGACCCCAGACCCACAAGAUGCGUAACAUGGAGUGUCGAUGGCUGUUUGAGGUGUACAAUAAAUGCCAAAAAUCUG